AGUCGCGGUGGUUGCAAGUCAGGCCGAGAUCAUGAAUGAUGCCAUAGACUGAUCGGUCAAUCCCGCGGCUAUGGCUCUGUCGCGCGCGAUCGGCCGCCCCGAAGCCCAGUGCCACCAGCGUUUAAAGGUAAUCAGAGCCCCCAACACUGAUGAGAACGGCACACAUGCACCCAUCGAGCGGACCGACUGGGACAGCCAAGCUUGCAUUUACGAGGGGGAUGGCGAAGAGGGCGAUUCACAUCUCUUGACCCUCACCAACACACCAACCUGGCUGGGCUUCGCUUCCAAUACGCGCAUCAACGGCACCAGCACCAGCACUCCAUAUGGCACUGGCACUGGCACUCCUAUCCCACAGCAUAUUCGUCCAUUCUAUCCAAUGGGUGCCUUGACAACAGGGGAGGCCAGAAUCGGCUUCAGCCUUGAUAAUCUUCUUCGGAGUAGUCUGGCCCGCCGCCAGGAGACCAUCUCAAGGAGAUUGCCGGUGGGCACAAAGUCGAGAUCCUCGUCACGCUCGGUGUAGAAAGAGGAAGCAAGACGUCUUUGGACCAAUGCUCUCCUUAUAGAGGGCCUGUCUGAUCAUGUGGGUACGGUUCACCAUUCCCUG